GGGAAACCUUUUCGUUCAGUGAAACAUUUACUUCCGGUUUCCAUGUUUGAAUUAACGGUUCAAAUACAAUCCACAGCGUCUUAUCGCAGCUAUCAAAUUUUCAAAUUGUAGUAACCAAUACACCUAAGAAAAUGGCUAAAUGUCUUAUAUGUACAAAGGUGCUAGCUGAGGGACAGAUCAUGAUCUGUCAUUCUUGCAUUGAUGUAAUCGAGGAGAAGCGCAAAGAAAAGAGGAAACAUAGAACUUAUGCUGAAGUGGUGUGUCCCCCAGCAAUAGAACUAUGCGGGGAUGUCAUAGCCUGUGAGCCAGAGACAUCUGAGGAGUUAAACCAGGCUGUUGCAAAGGAGGCUUCAGAGAAAUGGGAUGAUGGAACGCCAGGGACUAUCCUAAGUCCCACGCAUGGCUCAUUUAGAUACAAGAAGACAAUUCUUAAAACAAACCUUUAUUUUUUGACCCAUAACCAUGAAAAUGAGCAUGAGGCCAGGUCAACGGAGCCAAUAACUCUGGAGCCGGUAACUGCAGUAGAUGAGGCGACCCAUGAGGCCCCAGCUCAUAGACCAGCCACAAGACCAGCCCAACCAGCUCCUAGACCAGCCACAAGACCAGCCCAACCAGCUCCUAGACCAGCCACAAGACCAGCCCAACCAGCCAGACCAACCCCAAUACCAACCCCAAUACCAGCCCCAAACACGGUGGAGAUCUGUGAGGUGCGUUUCCUUGGGUCCAUCCUUGUGUCAGAGGGACAAGAAAAUGUGGCCAUUGACAAUGUGAUGGCAGAUCGAGAGGCAAAGGCCGUGUUCAAGACCUGGAAUUCGGUCUUGACUGUCACUUCCGCUGGUGUAAUAAAGCUGGAAAAAUGCACCUCAGAUGAAGAUAAUGACACCCUAAGCUUCAAGGCACAAGAGGUUGUGUUCAUUCAUCACCCAAUUCAUGAGAAACUGUUUGCCAUGAAAGUAGGCCCUAGGGUGUACUGCUUUGACGCAGAUUUGACAGCGCAGGAUAUCAUUGAAGUCAUCGAUGCAACUGUUGCCAAGACUAAAGAGGAAACCGAGAAUAUCGCCCCUAAGCCAACACAGAUAAGAAGAAAACACACAUGUCCAACAUGCUUCAAAAAGAUCAGGUAUCUCAAAAAACAUUUCGAGCAGACUCACAUGAAGGACCCCGAAUAUAAGAUUCCUGAAAAUUACAAAAAUGAUUUUGCACACGAAUAUACGAGGCAAAGGAAAACAUCUGCGAAUGUUCGAAAAUACCAGUACAAACAAUGCCAAUCUUGUGGCAAAAGUGUCCAAAGGUUGGACAAACACAAAUGUACAAAGGAUGUCACAAUUAAAUCAGCCACAAACAAUUUCAAUGAGAACCUUAAUAUGUUUGUCAAAUGGCUCAUAUCACCAUCAGGAGGUAAUAAAAGUGAAGAGAGUGCCAAACGAGCCGCGCAAAAUGUACGGUUCAUUGAAGACCUUCACGCUGGAGUUGGAGGAUAUAAUCCUUUGGACUCCAACCUUCUGAACGAGAAAUUUAUAGAGCCCGCCUUGAGUGGAAAAUUUCCACAAAUCAAGCAAGCGUCGACCAUUAAGUCGUAUCUAGAAAGGCUACAAACUUACCACCAAUACCUUUUAUUAUGCAAAAAAUCCAUAGAUUUUGCGCAAUUUGAACUAUUCAAAAAGCAGAAUAGACUAUGGUGUAACUCUAUGAACGUUAGGUCUAAGAAGAGGAAACUUGAAAACCAGUCCAAUGAUGCCGAAAACUUACCGACCAAAGAUGAUAUUGUGAAGUAUUAUGCUUCGCAAUAUGUCAAAGACACAAAAGCGCUCUUUGGCAAAGCUAAAGUCAAUAUUAAAGAAAUGUAUAUGAUGCGGAAUUACAUCAUGACUGUUAUAAGCAUUUCUAACGCCUGUCGUGCAGGACCAAUAGUAAACUUGGAGUGCAGGCAUGUUCGUGUCGCUGACAGGGUUGGAGAUUGCUACGUUUACCAUGUAAUGGAGGGGCAGAAAACUUUUAAAAGUAAAGGUGCUGCCCAGCUUGCCUUGGACACAGUUGUUCACCACCAAAUUUUGAAGUACAUGAGACACAAGGAGUCUCUAUUUGGAGAUAGUGGAAAGUAUGUCUUUUCAAAUAUGAAGGGCAAACGAGACACCAAAAUCUCUGCUAGCUCUCUAGCUAGAGCCAUCCAAGCCCAGCUGCUAGCAGCUAUAGGCUAUUCCAAGAAGGCCAGUUGUACAGUCUUUCGGAAAUUUGCUGUGUCGAUUAUGUGUAGUUUGUACCCAGGGCAAGAUGAUCGCCAACGGCUCGCUGACUUCAUGAAGCAUUCUGUCAGGGUACAGAAGGAAGUGUACGAAGUCAGCGACCAAACCAAUAACGCGGCAAAAGUCCAUGACCUCAUGGCCAAUGUUUUGAACAAUAGUAUCCAAGAGGAACCGGGAGAAGGCAUUGAAAUACAAGAGAUGCCGGAGGAUGAACCCGAAGGGUUGAUCCUGGAAGAUGAUGUUGACCAGCCUCCAACCAGCAUCCAUGAUGAUGAUGAAGAAAGUGAAGAGGAUUCCCUCUUCAUUCCUCCUGCCCCAGAUUCACCAAACCAUGACAGCCCACAACCAAGGAAGCGGCAGCCAGAAAGGUUAUCUGUGUUCACCCCUCCUGCCCCUAGUCCUCCCAACCCUGACAGCUCAUCAAGGCAACGGAAGCCCAAAUCGUUCAGUGAUGUUAUUCAUCAAAAUCAGCUGGACAAUUUGGACUUCAUUGCCAAAUUAAAGUUGCCAAAUCCACCAACACAUGAGCCAAGGAGUUUGAGAAAAAGAAAGAAAAAGAUUCCCAAAUAUGAGGAAGACUCUGAAUGGGAAAAGAGUGAAGAGGAAGAAGUAGAAGAAGAAGAAGAAGAAAGAGAACAGGAAAACUUCCCAAACAAGAAGAGAAAAUCAGCUAAGGCCUUUAGGUGUGAUGAAUGCCACAAGACCUGGGAAUCAGCUUGGCUGCUGAAGAGGCAUAAAGCUGUACACCAGGAUAAUGCCCUCUUCACAUGCCAAAGAUGUAUGGCACAGUACAAGCAUCUUGAUAGCUUGAAAAGACACAAGAAAACUGCUAAGCAUUAAUUGUGACUUGCAUUAGCUUUGAUUCUUUGCCCAGCUGCUUCAGCUAUAGGCUAGAGUCAUUAUUGGCGACCAGAUAUUCCUCAAAGAUUCCAUUGCCC